GAAGAAGGGCAACAUCAACAUCAAUGUCAACAUCAACAUCAACAUCAACAUCAACAUCAACAGCAGCAACAGCAGCAGCAGCAGCAACAUCAACAGCAGCAGCAGUUGCUGUCUCGAGAGAUGAUGUCAGGGUCAAUAACAGCGCCAGCUCGCGGAGACAUCACGGUUCCUGAUGGAAUGGACUACCCAGGGGACUGUCCGCUGGCUUCCUGCUUUGACGAAGGACCGAAACGACCAUCGUCGUCUUCUCAGCGUUUGGAAAUGCGACAGCAUCAUGCCUCCGAUUCGAUUAAUCAUUGGGUCAAGGCAAGACCGCGGCUGAAGAAGCAAGUCUACGGAAGAUAUGUAGGUGAUCCACUUAGUGCGCGAUGGCAUGUGAAUAAUCGUUACGAUGCUCCUCUCUCGAAGAAGGGGUUUGCAUCUGAACAGCAGCGCCAUCGUCGAAAGACGAAAAAAUCCGCAGCAGCAGCAGUGGCAGCAGGGGAAGGAGGAGGAGGAGGAGGAGGAGGAGGAGGAAGAAGAGGAGUUCAGGAGGUCCUAAGAGGUUCCUCUCCUCUGCUUCCACUUCCAAAUAACGUGCCGUUCCCUUCGAGUUGUGCGGAGAGUGCGGCUGUCUCAAUUGCAAUUGAGGCUUUGCCCCGUUUACAUCAGCCUUGCAUGGGCAUGGAGAAUAUGCAAGAGUCGGAAAACUCUUCCGCCCAGGAGCCACCAGGUCCUCUGCCAAGAGCCUCUGCAGACGUGAAUGUAGCAGAUCGAGCUCUUGUGGAUGCGGCUGAUCUUCAUUCUCAUCUUUACUUUGAACAUGAGCAUGAGCGGGAGAAUGAUCUGGAUCCUCGUCUUUACCUCGAACAUGAGCAUGGCAAGAGAAGGCGGUCUAGCUGUAGAAGGAAGAAAUUGGAGACUACUACCGGUAGCGAUUUGGGGAGGAGGAUUCGUGUUGCCUCCUCCUCCAGUGCCCCUAGGCAAGAAAUCCAGAGAGCUGCCGUGAAGAACAAGCAAGUCGAUCGGACGGAACAGCGUAUGUUCGCCGAGUUCGAAUUGUUUCCAGAGAGUUCCAGUUACCUGAAGCAGCCCACUUCGUCCAUACAAGGUCACAGGGCCCAUCAUCAACUGAUACCAUCAGAUGGUCAUCAUGUAUUUGCUCCAGAACUGAUGCCCCAUGACGAGAGGAGCGGCAUGCAUGCGAACUUCAGUCCGACUGGGGAGCCAAAAGCGUGUAUGUCGCCAUUGAGAGCACGUGCACGGCAUGGGGAUUCUCAGAGGCGUCAGCAUGACUUAGUUGGGAUAGCACGCAGGCCAGCAACUGCUAGUAGUAGCCAAUCAAAGGUGGGGGGGUUGAGUCUAGGCCUCACUGGCAGGUCCGACUCAACAGCGGGAAGGAGACCUGCACGGUCCCACACUGCCUCCUCUUCAUGUGGAGGUACAAGGGACAGUUCCUAUUGCCAUCGCAGUAGUGGUACCAGUGCUACCAGGGCUGCAGUACCAAUGGCGUCAGGCUCCCCUGGCCUUGGCAUGGUCCCUCCUCUUGUUGGGCCCAGAGGGGAGUUGAGUCGCCAUCAUGAAGUUCCGUUUCGCACGCAUCGGUCGACACCAAGCUCUGCUGGCCGGGGUAGUGCAAGUCCUUCUCCCCUUACCCCGCGGAUUCAAGGAGGAGGAGGAGGAGGAGGGUCGGCAAGAAUUCGUCUACUUCAGGUCCUGCAUGGUGAAACCGAUUUGGAAAAGGACGAGGCGUACAUGAAGAUAGACGGGGAGAAGAAGAAGCUGGCUGUUUUCACCAGCACAACCUGUACGGACCUCUCCAUGAUUGGGGGGUACAUGUCAAAGGGAAACGUCAGUGACUCACUCAUGUUUGAUGCCACGUUGAUUGACCCUCGUAGGAAGGCGCUUGACUCCCGAAAUCACUGCAGUGGUCUCCCUUCGGCCGAUAUCGAGCGUCUCUCAACAAGUAAACUUGCCGAAGCUAAAGGGGCCGGAACGCCCCUAAACGGGGCCGCAGCGUUCGAAUCUUUGGGUCCUCAAGUUGGGCUCAAGGCACGUCUCUCAACAAGUAAACUUGCCGAAGGUGAAGGGGUAGGAAUGCACCUAAACGGAGCAGCAGCAUUCAAAGCUAUGGGCCCUCAAGUUGGGCCCAAGGCACCUGAAGGAACUGGCAUGGCUGACGGUGAACAUGGUUUAGGCGUAGUUGACAGAUCGCACGUGGUUAUACUCAGGAGGCAGGGACCUCAAGGGCAGCGGGAGCAACCUCACCAUAAGGCUUCGGGGCGUCGCUUAGCCAAACUAAGGUUUUUGGCCGGUGGUCCAGGAAACUUCACCUCAUCGUCCAAAUACUUGUCAUCAUCAUUUGAGCGCCAGUCUUCAGCCCCUAAAGUCUGUCCUUGGUUUCGCAACGAGGAGAGGUGGUGGGUACGAUUGGCAAGAGCUGGAGACCCAGGAUGCCAGUGCCAGACGGGCCAGCAGGUGCUCGUUGGCAGCAGAGCCAAGACGGGAAACCCUAAGAUCAAGGUGAGUAACGCACGCAGCGACGAAGGUGGUCCGCCGCUUCCUCCCUCUCUUCUUCCUCCUUCUCCUUCUCCUCCUCCUCCUCCUCCCCAAGAAGUACCUCUGGCUCUGAAGCGUGUCAGUCAUUCUUUUGAAGCUACUAAGCAAAGUCAAAGGAAGAGCUGGCCAACCCGCUGGGGUGAGGGACAUGUCGCCAGGUUGGUCCAGCAAUGUGAGGAAAAAAGAGAGAAGUGGUGGAUCAGGUUGACGGCACAAAGAGCGCAAAGUAGGUCGGAGGAUCUAAGUGUUGACAAUGACGAUCGAUCGGUCAAACAUGUCGGGCUGAAACGGAGUUCUUCUACCAGGGGGACCACACCCAACCGUUUAGUGGAUGAUAGACUGGGGGAGGGACACAGGAAGAAGAGCGAAGGUGUUGCGCCUUGCGUCUCUCAGUCUCUCCUGACUCCUGCGAUUGUCUACGGCAGUCACCGCCGAGGUCGCGGUGGGGGCAGUCGGACCGGAAGAGGCACCGCUUUUCCCGUAGAUGGAAAGUCUGAGAAAUGUGCUCCUAGGAAACCUCCACUCUCGUCUUCCUCUGAUCAUUGCAGCACCAACACCACAACCGAGGCCGAAACUACCACCAUCAGCGGUGCUAGCACCGAAGCCUUGAACAACAAAGAAGGAGAUGAAGGACAAGGAAUGCGUCAACGGGCCGCAGGAGAGAGAAGGCCUGAUAAUGCUGGCCUAAGGUCGACCGGACUGCUCCUACUAGAUGAUGGUGAUGGUACUGUUGAGGGAGCUGCAGUGAUUCGUGAGCAGGCGAAGAAAGGAGAUGGUCAGAUGUCUGACAGCGCAAACACCGUGGGUUGCAUGGAAGUGGAGGAGGUCCAAAACGGGGAGUGCAGGAAAACAAUGGGACACGAGAACGAUUGCCGCGAUGAUGAUGGGGAUUAUGAUGAUGAUUUCGAUGAGGAUGACGAUGAUGAUGAGGUUGAUGACGAUUGUGGUCAUCAUCGUGACAAUGUUCGUCAGGAAGAGCAGCAGCCAGAAACUGCAACGAGGGACUGGAGACGUGAUCUCCUGAAGAAGAAGAACACAGGAUAUCCUCGAAUACGAUCUAGUAAAGGGGUGGUAAAAAGGAGAAAAAGUCGCCUAUCUGUGAUUCCAAGCAACGGGAUGUUGCCCCGAAGCAAGGCAGGCAGAGCAAAUCGCCAUAAUCCUUCACGCUGGCAAAAGACCCGAUCUACUGCCUUCAAACUUAGUGGCACGGAGGAGAUGAAGGUGGACUUGAGUUUGCGACACGGCUCCCGUCUCCCAUCUGUUAUCCUCACAAAGAAAGGUUUGAAGGCUAAAAGAGCGCUGGUUUCUCGAAGCAUUGCUGCAGCUGACGCUAUCGAGUUGAGGGCGGAGUUCCCGGCCACCAGGAAGGAUGCCUGCUGCGUAAAGAAAAGGGGAAAGAGUGGGCGUCUGCUUCGUUCGCCUGUGGAAAGAGCCACUCUGAUAAAAGCCGUACUCCCUGUAGCACGUCCGCGUGGAAAGUUUGGUAGUACUAGAAUGGAGCAAUGCACUCGACUUUCCUCCUCCCGUGGUAAGGUCGAUAAGAGACGUCAUUACCGCCGCCGCCGCUUCAACAGACGAGUGCGGGCCAAAGGUCACAGAAGGAGGAGGGGUAAUAAGCAUCCAUGUCUAACUACUCCUAGUGCCAGUACUGCUCCACCUCCACGUUGUAGGACCACCCCCCCUGCUGUCGAAGCUCUCGGCAGUGCCACGGCUGCUGGUAUGACUGCCUCCGAAAUGGACACAGCAGCAGUAUCGCUGACUUCACCUAGUAAGAGAGAUCUUCCCCAGCUCCCGAAAGUGAAGAAGCCGAGCGCACCUUUGAAAGGGGGUUUGAUGGAUGAAUGUCCGGAUCACGACAGUGAGCAAGGCGGAAGAACGCCCUACCAAUCAGCCCUUACCGAAUCUGCGGGUAAGCUGAAGACAAGCUGGUGGGCGACGUUGGCCGACAUGGGAGAACAAAAGGCGGGCAGCAUCUCUGGAAAGACAGCCGGCAACAAAGCGAGAUCGGAUGGAGAUACUGGUCUCAGCUGGGAUCUCCAUUCCCUUCCUCGUACUGCAAAACAACAACAACAACAACAGCAGCACAAACAAGAUAACAUUUCCAGGUCUGCUUUCGACUCCCCGCAGUAUGUGUUAUAGGUAGAGAAGACAAACACUUGUCUGAGAACUGAUUCAGACUUGCCUUUUUGGCUUUGGGCUUUUGGAUUUAAGUGGGCUGGUGGUGUUGCAUGUCAUCUCACAUAGGGCCUUGCUGCACUACUCUCCAAAUGUGCAAAAUGAG